AUGACCGAAGAGACUGACCAUGGCAAGGCUUCUACCGUGGAUAAACAGAUCAUGGAGGCCGACCGGACAAGGAAGGAGUUGACGAGAAAUGUUGCAGAGAAAGAAGAAUCGUGCAGGAAGUUGAAAUUGGUCAAGAUGUACAGAUCGAAGAAUGACUUGGAAACACUUCAAGAUCUGAUAGAUAAAUGGAGGGACGGGUGUCAGACGGCCAUCCUGAGACUGUAUGAUAAACAUCCAGAGCCCAGGCCCUCUCUAGGCGACUUCAUCAACAGCUGCAGAUUGGACAAAGACCUCAUCAGAUUCGAUGAAGAAGAAGAGACAUUUACCUGA